GAUCGGGAAGAAUUCAGAAACCACCGUCCCAUCUCUCUUUCCUGCAAAACCAGACAAACCCAACGCACAGGCACAGCCCACACGCAACACUGUCCCCUGCUCCUCCUCCUCUCUCCUUUCCUUUGCUCGCCGCCUCGGGAUCCCCCGCCGCAGAGCUGGCCUUUGCUUGCGCACGAAUGUCUCGGACUGUUGCGGCCUCCGUCUCCGCGCAGCGAAACCCACAUUUAUUUGCCACCUAAAAGGGGCACACCUCCCCACCUCACCUUAAAUUCCUCCUACCCAGCCGCAUCGAGAAACGCAGAGGAGAAAUGGCGGCUAUAUAGCGAGGCACGCGGCAGGCAGACUGGAGGAGGAGCAGGAGCAGAGGUUUUUGUUUGUUUUCUUGCGGAGAAGUACUGCGAUGGGGCGCGCUCGCGGCGGCAGGCUGCUCCUGGUCCUCGCCGCGCUGUUCGUGGCGCUGCUCCUCCUCUCCGGCUGCGCGGCGGAAGGGGAGGACGAGGAGGGCUCGCCGGUGGCGGCGGCGGAGGAGCCGGAGGCGCCGAUGGAGGACAAGGAGAAGGCGGCCCUGUACGCCGCCAUCGGGGGCUUCGUCGGCAAGGCCUGGAACGGCUCCGGCCUCUUCCCCGACCCCUGCGGCCAGACUCCCAUCCAGGGGGUGUCAUGUGAUCUCUUCAAUGGCCUGUGGCACCCAACAGUGGUCAGCAUCGGUCCGGUGCUCGACAACUCGCUGCAGUGCGCACCGGACGCCAGGUUCAGCCCCCAGCUGUUCGACCUCCGGCGCCUCAAGAGCCUCACCUUCUACGCCUGCUUCCCGGCGGCCAACCCCACGGCGAUCCCGGCCGCGAACUGGUACAGGCUUGCCGGCACACUCGAGACGCUUGAGUUCCGCUCGAACCCGGGCCUGGCCGGCGCCAUCCCGGCGUCCCUCGGCCGCCUGGCCAGCCUGCAGUCCCUGGUCCUCGUCGACAACAACCUCACGGGCGCCGUGCCGCCGGAGCUCGGCGGGCUGGCGAAGCUGCGGCGGCUCGUGCUGUCCGGGAACGGGCUGUCGGGCCCGGUGCCGGCGACGCUCGGUAACAACAACACCCAACUACGCCGCCUCGACGAGCCGCUGCUGAUCGUGGACAUGAGCAAGAACUCUCUAACCGGGUCUCUGCCUCCGUCGCUAGGUGGGCUCAAGGGGCUGCUCAAGAUGGACCUCAGCAACAACCGCCUCGACGGCCGCAUCCCGCCGGAGCUCGCCGGCCUCGAGAGCCUCACACUGCUCGACCUCCGGAACAACAGCCUCACCGGCGGGCUCCCCGAGUUCGUGCUGGGGAUGCCGGCGCUGCAGGACCUGCUGCUCUCCAGCAACCCGCUGCUGGGAGGCACCCUGAUGCAGCGCGGCUGGGAGAAGAUGGCGAGCCUGGCCACGCUGGACCUGUCCAACGUCGGCCUCGGCGGCGCCAUCCCGGAGUCCAUGGCGGCGAUGCCCAGGCUGCGGUUCCUGGCGCUGGACCAUAACCGCCUCUCCGGCACCGUGCCGGCCAAGCUGGCCGCGCUGCCGAGCAUCGGCGCCAUGUACCUCAACGGCAACAACCUGACGGGGGCGCUGGAGUUCUCGCCGGCGUUCUACCAGAGGAUGGGCAGCAGGUUUGCCUCCUGGGACAACCCCGGCCUGUGCGCGGCGGAGGCGGACGGCGGCGCGCCAACCGGCGUGGCCGUGUGCAAGGACGCGCAGGAUCCGCCUCGCGUCGGCGUGAGGGACAGGAUGGACGGGGGUGGGGGGAAGCCCGAGGCGAGCUCGAGCCUCCCGGCGUCCUCCUCGUCGUUUGGCCUCUCGGGUCACAAGGUCGCCGGCCUCUGGUGCUUGGUGAUGGUGAUGGUGUUGUAGGCGGCAGCGAGUUCAGAUUUACUGAUAGGUGCAAAGGAGGAGACGAUGAAGAAACUUAUAGUUAAUUUGAGCGAUUAGUUUCCAUGGUGUCCUUCUCUUUUGGCAUUUUGGCUGGUCGAUCUGCUCUGCUCUGCUCUGUCUAUUAGGGUGAAGGAGGAAGAACAGAGUGUUAAGUGGUUACUGACAGACAGGUAGCUUGUUCUUUUGGGUGUAAUUAGGCCUGUUUCUGUGUCAAGUUACAGGAUGUGAAUAUAUGCACAAAAAAAAAAGGUUGACAGCCCUCA